AGUGCUUCUCGCUAUAUUCCAGUAAGGUGACAGCAAUGUUAUGGAACUCGUGUAGGUAACCGCUGCUCAGGACUGCAACCAAACUGGCAAGAAAUGACUACCUCAAGGCUCCCACCGGCGGCGUUCACACUGAAGCAGUUUUUGCAGAGACAGAAAGUGCUUGGUCUGUACAGGAACAUGUUAAAGACUAUACGAAACGUACCAGACGAGGGAGACCGCAAGUAUCUGAAGGAUUGGGCGAGGGAAGAGUUCAAAAGAAAUAAAAAUGCCACAAACCAGGAUGCCAUACGAAUGAUGAUCACACAGGCAAACAAUCACCUGGAAGACCUUCGCAAAUCACUGGCUCUUGCUAAAAGUUAGCCCAGGAAGUGGAACACCCCGAGGAGUAGGGAAUAGUAAUAGGAAACAGUAAACCUAGGACUGACCAAUUUAGUGUUUUGCCGAUGUGCUAUGUUAACCUGCUGCCACACAGACCCCCAUUGGACUAAAAGUGAUGUCACUCUGCCUCAAAUGCCCCUCAAUAUUAUUUUUAUACUUUCAGUGUAAAGGCGAUGAAGGGAUGCAGGUCAGUUAAUGGAUGUCUUUGAUGUUUUACAGGUGCCACUGUAUAGUAAAUGUAAAUAAACAAAUAGCUCGUG